AUCCAGAUAAGCCACGAUGAUUUUGAUAAUAUUUUGAACAUUCAUGUAAUCCAGGCUCGUAAUCUGAAACCGCGUGAUCUCAACGGUCUCUCUGACCCUUUCGUUAAGAUUUAUCUUUUGCCUGGCAGAGGGGCCGAAAAUAAACGGCGAACGAAGCACAUUGCUCGGACAUUAAACCCCGAGUGGCACCAAACGUUAAUAUUCCCGAAUCUAGCUACUGAGGAAUUGAAAAAUAAAGUUUUGGAGAUCACCGUUUGGGAUUACGACCGAUUUAAAAGUAAUGAUUUUCUUGGAGAACUCAUCAUUGAACUAGAUGAAAAGGCAUUCCUAGACAACAAACCCCAUUGGUAUCCGUUACGUGAUCAU